AUGGAAGACGAACACAGAGGGCAAAACACAGAGUCAGACCAAAACAAAAACAAGAAGAAGACAGUGAUAAAAAUACCAUCUUUUCAAGAAGUUCUUGAGAGUUCACAGUCAAAAUCAACCCCACCGUCUCUGUUCACUCCUUCACAGAGCUUUUCUCAAGCCUUUGCCUUCGUCAAGUCCUCUGAGUUCUACUCGCCUCCUCCUCCCCCUGCCACCUCCUCGCAACCCCUACAGGCCUCAGACACCGGUAAUUCAAGCGAAACUGGUCAAUCUGAUGUUCCAUCAUCAUCUGCUCCUACAAAUGCUGUUGCAUCAUCAUCAUCACCUGCUCAGCGUCGAAAUGCAAUUAUUGUGAGCCACAGACAGAAGGGAAAUCCCUUGCUCAAACAUAUUAGAAAUGUGAGGUGGGAGUUUGCAGAUAUUGUUUGUGACUACUUACUUGGACAAAGCUCAUGCGCUCUCUAUCUAAGUCUUCGGUAUCAUCUGCUGCAUCCAGACUACCUAUAUUACCGUAUAAGAGAAUUGCAAAAGAAUUUCAAGCUUCGUGUUGUUCUUUGCCAUAUUGAUGUGGAGGAUGUAGUUAAGCCUUUACUUGAAGUUACUAAAACUGCUCUGCUUCAUGAAUGCACCCUAUUAUGUGGUUGGAGCUUGGAGGAAUGUGGUCGCUACUUGGAGACCAUAAAAGUUUAUGAAAACAAGCCUGCUGACAUUAUUCAAGGUCAAAUGGAUACAGACUAUUUAUCACGGCUAAAUCACGCGUUAACGACAGUUCGACAUGUUAACAAGACUGAUGUUGUCACCCUUGGUACUACGUUUGGGUCUCUUUCUCAUAUCAUGGAUGUUUCAAUGGAAGAUCUAGCUCGUUGCCCUGGGAUUGGAGAGCGCAAGGUAAAACGUUUGUAUGAUACAUUUCAUGAACCAUUUAAGCGUGUGGUUGCCAGCUGCCCUGCUGUUCCAGAAACCUCUGCCCCAAGCAAUGCUGAACCUGGUUCAGUGGAUGAAGAAGAUAAAGAAGCGGAGGAAACAGAAGACGAAAGCAAACGCAGGAAGAAAGAACCAGAAUUGACUGUUAAGUCAGCCUUGUCUGUUGCCUUUUCCAAAUAUGCUGAUAAAGUUAAUAAAAAGAACAGCAAGACACAAAGAGAGGAAAAAGGAGAAACAAGUGCUGCCAUGGAAGCUGAAACUGAAAAGAGAUGA